AUGGAGCAGUCGACUCCCCAGCAGUGCUUCGAUCUUGCGGUGGGGCUGGCAAAAGAAUUAGCCCCUCAGAUGGCACGUGUCGCGCAGGAGCACCUUAUCCAUAAAGGGAAACCAGUGGCUGAGAUUAUGCAAAUCAUUCACGAUGAGCCAGUCCUGGGCGGAUUGUCUUUAAAGCACUUUCGUGAAGACGUGAUGGCGAAGCUUGUCAACAGAGAGUGUUGCGACACCGCUGCCUCCGGGGCUCCUUGGCCGGAUGACGUGCUGGCGAUAUUAGCCACGACACCGCAAACCACGCGCCAUGUGCCAGCCUUGCAAACAAUCGAAGAGGUGGUGAAUCGCAGGAGACGGUGCGCCUCCCGUUCUGGAUGCCCUCCAAUGUUGACGUCUCCGUCACCCAGAGACAAAACCCUCAGGAUAAUGGCGGCUGUUGGCAGGAUAUCAAAAGCACUCGCUAGUGCACGUGCAGCAAACACUCGAAAACUGAGGGAGGCUCUGCAGGCCACUACCAGCGGCUAUUUUGUCCUCGGGUUUUAA